AUGGCGAGUUGUCAAUGCUCCACACUGCUAGCAAUUUUUAGUCAUCAGACUCGAUGCAAAAACAUUGGCAUCGUUAAUGUGAAUGAUUUGAUGAUGCAUCGCACUGAUGGGAAAAUUAAUGAAAACUCCUUGUUUUCUGGAGGGUAUAAUGAAUUGGAACAUUUCUGCUGUGCUCACGUGCAAAAGCAAGCUAGAUACAAAAUCAAUCAUCAUGCACUCGACAAGCAUUACAUCUACAACAGCAUCAACAACAUCAACAACAGCAUCAACAACAUCAACAACAACAACAUCAUCAACAUCAUCAACAACAUCAUCAACAACAUCAUCAACGUCAACAUUAUCAACAACAUCAUCAACAUCAUCGUCAACAUCAACAUCUACAACAACAUCAUCAACAUCAGCAAUUUUCACAACAACAAAUACACUGUGUACCUUUUAUUGCAUGAUUCAGCAACAUUAAUAGCAUCAAAAAAUAUCAAUAACAACAGCAGCAACAUCAACAACAACAUCAACAACAACAUCAAAAACAGCAGCAACAACAACAGCAGCAACAAAAACAACAGCAACAUUCACAGCAUCAACAACAUCAAUAAUAUAAACAACAUCAACAGCAACAGCAUCAACAAUAACAGCAGCAACACCAACUGCAGCAACAACAACAGCAGCAACAUCAACAGCAGCAGCAACAACAGCAGCAACAUCAACAUGCAUUGA